AUGAAAAGAAGUGUUGUCAAUUCGUCGAAAGACGACGACAGUGACGAUGAAAUAUGGGGAUACAAAUGUCUGAAACGGGAAAAGCGAGAUCAAACGAAAGACUCUCAAAAUGACAAAAAGUCGCAAUCUCAAUUUUCACGUCAAAAUAUUGUUAGUGCUGAUAGAACCACUAGACAAUUAAAUAAAAAUAUACGAAAGAAAGCUGAGGAAAAGAAGUCAUCAAAAUCAAGCAAACAAGUUACUAAUGGCAUUAAGAUAAAAUCGGAAAAAAGUGAGGUUACCGACAAACAUUCCCGGAAGAACGAAAAAACACCUUCAAAAAACUGCCGUCCAGAACUGCUCGAGGGAUUUUGUCCUCAUUGUCAAGUUCCGUAUGCUGCACUCAGCUUUAAAUCUCCGACAUGGCAUAUCAACGAAUGUCUGGAUCGAGACAUGGCAAUCAAUGAAUGUCCAGCAGGUUUGUCAUGUGACAACACCUUACCAAGUCACUACUGGAAGUUCUCUCAUUGGCAGCUGGCACGCUUACGAGGAAGUGGUCAAAAGACAGCCACUACAACUACAAUAUUGGAUUCUUGUAAAGAUCAACAAAGCAGUUCUCAUGUGAACAUAAACUUGUUGGAUGGGAAUCGGCCAGGACACUCCAGAAAUGAAGGCAGUGAAAAGUACAAAACAUGUGAUAUUACAACAGUUGUCUCAGGUGAAGAAAGUUCUAACAAUAUUGUAACAGUGACUUCAGCUGCUAACCACAACAAGGAGAAAAAUAGUUGUGAAUCAGAUGAGGAAAAGGGCAUGGAUGAAAUGUUGGUUGAUACUUUUGACGGAGACUCUGACAAAACUACGGGUUUGAGUUCCUCACCAUGUUCUGUUUCUACAGAUAAAGAAGCAGGGUCUAGUAAGAGCAAUAAUUUAGCUAUAAAUAUUCAUUCAGAUGAAGGAAUCAGUUUCAGUCCAUUGUCUAGUCCUAGAGCAGAAAGUCCUGCAUCCACCAAAUCUUUUUCUCAAGGAAGGUUGGUUAAUUAUUUCAGCAUAAACAAUGAUAUGAAGCAGAAUUCUUCUUCACCAACUGAAAAAGGGUUGCCUUUUACAACCCCAACCAAGUCUAUGCCUUCAUUGUCAGGUAAAAAGACCAGGAAAAGUACUGUUAAGAAGAAUUCUGGUAACGAUAUGCUUGAAACUGAUGACCCUGCUGGGAACAAAUUGCCCAAAGUCAACCAGCAAUCUGUGCAGUCUUUUUUCAAAUCUAAAAAUGCCAAAAAAGCUCUUUUUGAAAAAUUGCUUGAUGAUACCAGUUCAGUUGAAGGAGCAUCAUCAUGUGUAUUAAAGGGAAGUGAUUGUGAACAAGUAGCAUCAGUGAUUAAUGUGAAAAGAUCUGACCUGAAAAAAGAGAAAGAUAUUGGGACAGAUUUUGAUGAUGAAUCACAAACCCUUGUGGAAAAAGAUUCAGACACACACAAUAUACUCUUUGACACCAAACAACACAGAAAUGAAAGAUUGGAGGAAAGUAACAGUAAUGACUGUGAUGGUAGCAGAAUGAAGGAACAAAUAUCUGGAAGAAGUAAUAUCAAACAAGAGUGUGUCACAAAGGAAAACACAGAAAAGUCACAGACAAUUGCAAAGAACAACAAAAAUGCUUUCAGUAUUUUGAUGGACCAAACAAAAUCCAAAAUUACUAGGCAAAGUACAACUCCUCAAAGCCAGGUUAGUCCUGGAAAGGUGGAUGCUAUGGCAAUGUUAAUGAAAGCAAAACAGUGGGGAAAGGACAGAAACAGAAAUACCACAGAAGAAAGUUCUAAUAAAUCUGUUCCUGUACAAUCAACAUCAGCGGGCAACAGAUCUGAGGGAAACAGCGUUGACAUGAGAAUUCCUCAACCAGAGAAAAAGCAGUGGGGCGGACAGAGACAAUGUCCUUUUUACAAGAAAAUGCCUGGUACAGGAAUUACUGUGGAUGCUUUCAGCUUUGGAACAAUACCAGAGUGCUCUGCUUAUUUCCUGUCCCAUUUUCAUGCCGACCACUACAGAGGCCUUACAAAGAAGUUCAAACAUCCAGUUUAUUGUAGCAAGAUAACUGCAAACCUUGUAGAAAGAAGACUGAAAGUGGACCAACAAUACCUUCAUGCUCUUCCAAUGGCCUGCCCCACUGUUGUAGAAGGAGUGGAAGUCACACUGCUAGAGGCAAACCAUUGCCCAGGUUCCGUGCUGUUCCUCUUUAAGCUCAAAGGAGGUAGGAUAUACCUCCACACUGGAGAUUUCCGUGCAUGCAUAGCUAUGGAGAGUUAUCCAGCCCUGAACAGUAUUCAUAUCAACCAGCUUUACCUGGAUACAACUUAUUGUGAUCCUACCUACACAUUCCCACCUCAGCAAGAAGUCAUAGACUUUGCUGUGUCUGUUGUCAAAGAGAAAUUGAAGGAAAAUGCCAAGACGCUCGUUGUAUGUGGCAGUUAUACUAUUGGGAAAGAGAGAAUCUUCACAGCUAUUGCCAACGCCUUGAACAGUAAGAUCUGUGUGACUGAGGAGAAAAAGACAGUGCUGGAUUGUCUUGAGGACCGUAAGCUUCAGGAGUCCAUCACUUUGAGUCCAAGUAAAGCUAGGGUUCAUGUCCUUCAGAUGGGCAAACUUAAUCCAAAGACACUUGGGGAUUACAUGGCAAAUCUGAAAAGUUAUACAGAGGUUAUAGCUUUUGAACCAACUGGUUGGACCCAUAGCAACAAGAUCACCUCCCUGGACCAGCUGAGGCCAAAGUUCAGCAGGAAUGGGAUACACAUAUAUGGUGUCCCAUACAGUGAACACAGCAGUUACUUGGAGAUGAAACGAUUUACACAGUUUAUCAAACCAGACAAGAUUUUACCUACAGUCAACAAUGGUAAUUCCAGAGCCAGAACAAAGAUGGAGAAGUUGUUCAAAUCCUGGAUGGAAGAGUUGAAAAUAAACAACAAAAACCAGAAUCUACACAGUACUAAACAGGGUACCUUAAAAUCCUGGAUGUCUUAAAUAUGGAACUAUCUCUUAAAAAAAAAAUGUGUUGUUUUUAUAUUUUUGCUAUUACGGGUAUACCAUCCCCUUGCAUACAAUGUUGCUGAUAUUGAAAUGUGGGUCAUAUUUAGCAUGUUUUGCUGCAGUAAGCCUAGGUGGUAAACAUCUGACCUAUUUACGCAAAGUCAGGGGGUGGGCUUAUUUAAAGACAAUGAAAGAUAAUAUUUUUCAUGAUUCUACUGAACAAAAUCUUUAUUAUUGGUUUAUGGUCAGAUAAAUAAAUUACACUGUGAAAAAUAAUAAAGAUUGUAAUAUAUCUGUUAAUAUAUGUUUGUGGAGCUAUGCAUAUUCCUUAAUGUUCUGUGAUAUUAGUAAUAGACA